AUGUCCAAUAAAAAGAAGCUAACAAUUCUGUUAUUGGGUGAGUCCGGUGUGGGAACGACUACUUUCAUCAACUCUUUGGCUAACUAUUUAAGUUUCAAAGACUUUUACGCGGGAAGUGAGAAGCCGAUUUGUAUAGUGCCCGAAAACCUAAGCUCAUUUGACCCUGAUACAUACGAGGUUAAGAAUGUAAAACUCGGAAUUAGUGGCUAUACUGAGCUGGAUGCGAGGAAAACACAACCCGAUUAUCCCAAAUGCUAUAAGUUUUCAAUCAAUGACAUUGAGCUCAAUAUUAUCGAUACCCCGAAUAUUGGCGAUACGGAUGAUGUGGAACAGGAUAAGAGAAAUAUGAAGAAUCUGUUGGACUUUAUUAGCAAUUAUUCGGAUAUUAGCGCCAUUUGUGUUCUCUUAAAGCCCAACAACACUCGGGUUGACCUGAUUUUCAAGAAUAGUUUGUUAAAGUUGUUGAGUCACUUGAAUAAGUCUGCGGCCGAUAACAUACUGUUCCUCUACAGUAAUACCCAAACACCGGGAAACUCGGUCACGAUAUUAAUAUCUGAAUUGAAUCGUGUCAGGGAUGACAAUCCGGAUAUCAAUAUCAAACACAAUAAGCAAAUAAUUUAUUGUAUAAAUUACGAACCAUUCACAUAUGCCGUGGCAGCUGCCUCACCUAAUAAUAUGGAGUUAAGUACAGACUUGAAAACCGACCAGGAUAUAAAAUGGAAAAGUGAGUCGGGGGUGGAAAAGUCUACAUUCAUCAACGCAUUCGUCAAUUAUAUGACUUACGAUACUAUGGAUGAGGCCAGAAAUGGACACAUCAAAUGCUUAUUGAAUGAGAAAUUCUCGUUAAUGGACCAGGAUACCUAUGAACUCAAGACAAUUGUCUUACAGGACACGUAUGCUAAAGAUCCAUCAGAUUGUCCCAAAUGCUAUCAAUAUUCAACUGAUAAAUAUGAUAUCAAUAUAAUCGAUACCCCGGAUAUUAAAGAUACGGAUGACGUCGAUAAAAGUCAAACAAAUAUGAAGAAUCUGUUGGCCUUUAUUAGCAAAUAUCGGGAAAUUACAGCCAUUUGUGUGCUCUUAAAACCUAAUAACACAAGAAUUGACUACAUUUUUAAGAAUUAUUUGCUGAAACUUAAUAAUCAUUUAAAUAAGAGCUUAACUAAUAAUCUGUUGUUUAUAUUCCCGAACGCUGGAAACCCUGGAGAAACUGUAUUGGCUAUCAAAACCGCUAUUAUCAAAGUGGCCGAAAAUAAUCCUGGUAUUGAUGUUAAUUUUAACAAGGAUAAAAUGUAUUGCUUUGAUAACGAGACUUUCCGACACCUGGUGGCCACUGCUCCACCCAAUAAUAUGGUGUUCAACAGAGACUUACAACAUGAACAUGAUGUGUCUUGGCCAAAAGAGACAUACCAAUUAAGGACCGUGACCCUGGGCACACAGGAUAAUAAUGAAAAUACCCAAGAUGCUACUGAAUCGGCCACUCAAUAUCCCAAAUGCUAUAAGUUUGAGAUUGGCAAUGUUACACUGAAUAUAAUCGACACCCCAGGUAUUGCCGAUACCAAGGGUAUUGAUAAGGAUAACACAAAUAUGAGAAACAUUUUGAACUUUAUUAGCAAUUAUCGGGAAAUUAAUGCCAUUUGUGUGCUCCUGAAGCCUAAUAACGCGAAAGUAAGUGUAGUUUUCAAGUAUUGUUUGUUAGAGUUGUUCAGUCACUUGAAUAAGUCUGCGGCCGAUAAUAUCCUAUUCCUGUUCACCAACGCCCGGUCCACACAAUACGCACCGGGAGAUACCGGACCGGUAUUAAUUACAUUGUUGGAUCAAAUCAAAAAGAGACCUCCGUUUGUGGACAUAAAUUACGGCAAACCCACGAUCUAUUGCUUCGAUAACGAGGCCUUUCGGUUCGCAGUGGCGUCGGCACCGCCUAAUAACAUGGUGUUUGACGAGAUGUUAACACGUGAUUACGAAGUCAGUUGGGAAGGAUCUGUCAAGGAGUGCGAUCGACUAUUGGAGCGAAUCAUAUCUCUGUCCCCUCACAUAGUAAUGGAAACCCUAUCUCUCAAUAACUCCAAACAACACAUAAUCUUAUUGACCCAACCGUUGGCAGACAUCGCCAAAAAUAUCUCGGAUAACGUUAAAGAGUGCGAACGACACAAACGAAAGAUUCACGAAUUCACGGGUAAUAUAAACGAUCUCCAGAAGGAACUGUAUAUCCCUUCCGUCGACAUCGAAUCGGAACCAUUAGAUCAACCGAAGACUGUCUGCAGUGACAAGAAGUGUUGCACACAAGAGAAUAUCAACGGAGACAUUAAGACCCAUUUCAAAACUAAUUGCCAUUCACCUUGCUACUUGACACACAGCGACGGCAAUAUCGUGGGCAAUAAGGGUCUCCUUGACUGUAAGGCGUUCAAUAAGUACGAAAGGACAGGACCCGAUCACUGGGAUUACCCUAAAAAUUUGGUGCCGGAUACUAAUAUUGAGCUCAGCAAAGAUGGUAAAAUGUUAUUGCAUACGGUAAGCACAACUAAAUCGGACAAGUGUUUCGGGUGCGGCCACUCCUAUCAAACGCACCUACAUAUCAAUUACGAGACAAAGAUCGUGAAGAAACAGGUCCGGGAUGAGAGCAAGUAUGAGCGUAUAACUACCAACAAAGAAAUGUCCCUGGCUCAAGAAAAGCAAAUUAAAAAGCUUGAAAUUAAAAUCGAAGAAUUGUCCAAGGAAACUCAUAUUAUAACUAAAGCUAUGGCUAAGUUUGCUUGUUUUCUUAAAAAUAAUGCCCUGACACCUUUUAACGAUGCGUUUGAGGAUUACGUGAAAGUUAUUAUUAAAAAUGAAGAACAAGCAGGCAACUUUGAUGGAAGUAGCAGUAGGGUGACCAUCGAUAAAUUGACGCAAAUGCUGGAACAGUAUGAAUACGAAAAGAAAGUUAUAUUGGAUGCCAUGAAGAAAAGUGAACAUGGAUCUAUAUCGGUUGAUGAUAUCGAACAGAUUAUCAAGCAACUAUGUGGGUUGAAGUGGAAUGGGCAGGCUAUUAAAAAACUAUUGGCCACACAGAUAUUGUCCAAGGCUCAAAGUCAUGCCCAUAAUGAGCAAGUUAUUAAUUCUGAACAUUUGAACACUACUGUUGGUAAACUUAAAGCGUUUUGGAAUAAGAUGUGUAAGCCUAAAACCAUUUAA